CCCUCUAGCGAGCGAGCGAGCGAGCGAGCUUCCCUUGUGUUCCGCCAUCAAGCUUCAAUCAACAAAAAACGGUCGAACGACACAACUACUUCUGCCCAUACACACUCGUACACAAGCACCUAUCCGCUCCGGUCUAACCUAAAAAUUAACAAUAAGUCCAUAGUAGCAAUUAGAUUGGUUUCAUUCCGACGGGUGGAUUGCUCAGUUAAUAAGAGCCCCCCAGUUCAUUGAUCAAUCGCUCAAGAUGGAAUCGGUGCACAACUUGGUAUGCGUGUCCUUGUCGGACUACCUCCGGAAUCUGCCCAUUUCCACGUCGGUGGCGGGCUGGUUCAGUCUGGGCCUCAAGGAUUGGAUGCGCUUGGUGCCGUUUGGCGUGGCUGUGGGCGGUCUGUCCUACCUCAGUCUCCAAGGUCUGGCUAACACGCCCGGCGUCGGACCCGCUCUCAAGGAACGCUUGGCCAAGUGUCCCGGAUUCCGAGGCAAUCGCGUGAACGAGAACAUUAAAAUGGAAAACAAUAAAGUGGUGGACACCAUCGACAUCGAGGACAUGGGCGAUAAGGGCGUGUUCUGUCGAUGCUGGAAGAGCAAGAAGUUCCCCUAUUGUGAUGGGAGCCACAACAAGCACAACGAAGAUACCGGCGACAAUGUGGGACCCUUGAUCGUCAAAAAGGCCGCUUGAUAAUCCUAUCCGUGAUCGAUUCAUCUCUACAUCAUGUAGUAGUCGUUUUUAACUAACUUUUGAGUAAUAAAUGAAAAUUCAAUCAAAACAA